AGAAACAAAAUUGAAAUCACCUUCUUUGCCAUUGAACCUAAUGCCAAGUAAUCUUCACUUUCAUUUAUCAAUUCACUCAUUCUCAGUUCAGAUCCAGUUGCUCUCACUGACAGUCAUAAUUCCACAUUUUACAUUUGUCAAUUAGAUUUUGUUUUCUGUGAAUUCUCCAUGAUGUUAUAGACAAGGGUUCUUCUUUGAUUUUCCCCAAACCCUAAGGUUUGCGCGAAAUGCAUAGUUCAGUUAGCUCGACGGCUCAACCUGAAGCAAUACUUGAAUGGCUUCAGAAGGAAAUGGAAUACAGACCUCUCGGUCCAUACAUUGCUUCGAACAAGGCGUCAAUUCCGUCUGCCGACUCAAUGCGCAAGAUUUGCAGGGGCAAUAUGAUUCCAGUUUGGAAUUUCUUGUUGAAGAGAGUAAAAUCGGAGAAGACUGUGGAGAAUAUCCGUCGGAAUAUACUAGUUCACGGCGGAGACGAUAGUUCUAUUCCUGGAGGGGAUGCAUCAAAAGCCAACGAUGUGGGUAGGAAUAGAGGGAGGAAGAAAGAGAGAGUCAGGCUGGAUGAGGAAGCUUCAAGCUCGAGUUCAGCAGAAAAUGCUAGGGAAAUUGCUCUGCAUGAAAGAGAUUUGGCGGAGAAGGAGGUGGAGAGGUUGGGGCAUAUUGUGAGGCGACAACGUAGAGAAUUGAAAGAACGAAUGCUGGAGGUUUCUCGAGAGGAAGCAGAGCGGAAGAGAAUGCUUGAUGAGAGGUCAAAUUACAGGCACAAACAGGUGAUGUUGGAGGCUUAUGAACAACAGUGUGAUGAAGCAAUAAAAAUAUUUACAGAAUAUCAUAAACGGUUUCGAAUCUAUGUUAGCGAAGCAAAGGAUUCACAGAGAUUGAAUAAUGAUCCUUUCAGUGAUAUGAAAAAAAGUUUUAGUCCAAACAGUGAGAAAGGAGCUUUUUAUUCAACUGUUAAGGGAAACAAACAAGCAGAUGAUAUCAUUCUUAUAGAAACAGCCAGAGAAAGAAACAUCCGAAAGGCAUGUGAAUCUCUUGCUAUGCAGAUGAUUGAAAAGAUUCGCAUUUCCUUCCCAGCUUAUGAAGGAAGUGGUGUCCAUUUAAAUCCUCAAGUAGAAGCUGCCAAGUUAGGCAUUGAUUUUGACGAGGACAUACCAGAUGAGGUUAAAAAAGUUGCUUUAAAUUGCCUGAAGAGCCCUCCCUUGUUGCUUCAGGGUAUAAUUGAAUACACUAAGAGGUUGAAAGCUUUUAUUACAAGAGAAAAUGAGAAAAUUGAUAUCAGAUCUGAUGCUGAAACAUUAAGGUACAAGUAUGAAAACAACAGAGUAAUGAAUGUUUCUUCUUCGGAUCCAAGCUCGCCAUUACAAUACCAAUUAAUUGGCAAUGGGAAAAUUACUGCUGGUGCACCUUCAAGUGGUAGUCCAAAUCAAAUUUUUGAAAGACAGAAUGCCCAUGUUCAACAAAUUCUUGCUACUGAAGAUGCACUUAAUAAAGCUGCAGAGGCUAGAAAUCAGUGUCAAAAGCUUAUUAAACGGUUGCAUGGGAGUGAUGAUUUAGUAUCAUCACAGGCACUGUUUGUUGGUGACACCUCACAUAAUGUGGGCACUCUCAGGCAACUGGAGUUUGAUGUAUGGGCCAAAGAGAGAGAUGUUGCUGGACUGCGGGCUAGCCUGAGCACACUGAUGUCUGAAGUUCAGCGCUUAAAUAAAGCAUGUUUAGAGAGGAAAGAAGCUGAAGAUUCUUUGAGGAAAAAAUGGACAAAGAUUGAAGAGUUUGAUGCCCGCAGAUCAGAACUUGAGUUCAUAUAUAAUGCUUUGCUUAGGGCUACAACGGAUGCUGCAGCAUUCUGGAGCCAGCAGCCUCUUGCUGCUAGAGAAUAUGCAUCCAGCACUAUUGUCCCUGCAUGUACUGUUGUCUUGGAAAUAUCAAAUAGAGCAAAAGACUUUAUAGAGAAAGAAGUUUCAGCAUUUUACAGUUGUCCUGAUAACAGGCUGUGUAUGCUACCAUCAACCCCACAGGCACUUUUGGAUUCCAUGGGUAUAAGUUCGACGGGGCCUGAGGCAGUUGCUACAGCAGAAAAGAAUGCUGCUCUCUUGACAGCUAGGGCUGGUGCUAGAGAUCCUUCUGCAAUUCCUUCCAUAUGUCGGAUUUCUGCUGCCCUGCAGUAUCCUGCUGGUUUAGAAGGUUCUGAUGCUGGUUUGGCAUCAGUACUAGAGUCCCUGGAAUUCUGUCUGAAACUUCGUGGUUCUGAAGCAUGUGUUUUGGAGGACUUAGCUAAAGCAAUGAAUACGGUUCAUAUACGACGGGAUCUUGUGGAAAGUGGCCAUGCUUUAUUAAAUCACGCCUCUCGUGCUCAACAGGAAUAUGAAAGGACCACAAGUUUUUGUUUAGAUUUAGCUGCUGAACAAGAAAAUGCUAUCACGGAGAAGUGGGUACCCGAACUAAGGAAUGCUAGUAUAAAUGCUAAAAAAUGCCUAGAAGAUUGCAAAUAUAUCCGGGGUUUGGUUGAUGAAUGGUGGGAACAACCAGCUUCAACAAUUGUUGACUGGGUUGCUGUUGAUGGGGAAAAUGUUGGUGCAUGGGUCAAUCAUGUGAAACAGUUGCUUACCUUUUAUGAUAAGGAACUUCUUUGAGAUAAAAAAAAGGACCGAAGAUGGCUUAACACGAGAAACCCUGCCUUCUUUUCGUGUCUGUCGGCAUGAUCCAGUAUAUACACUAGGAACACCAGCUUGGUUGAUUUCUCCCACUCGGGUGUGGAGGUCUGGGUAAGUUGGUAAAAAUCCAUAUGUCAGAUCAUGGGGAAUUCCUUUAUUAUUAUCCUUUAUCAACAGUUUUAUAGAUUUCGGAUGCAAACUCAUUACCUUCUUGAAAAAUGGGGAUCGAUGGAUUGAUGUAAUUAGAAGUGGAUGGUAUGUUAUUGGAAAAAGGUCAGGGCUUUCGAGCCAAACCUUAACAUCUGCUAUGUUUCCCAAGAGCCAAUGGUACAAAGUGAUCUGUCUAGAUCUGAACUUGUAAAGUUAUUUUUGUUGUAUAUUUGUUUCAAUAGAGUGAUGUUGAACCCAAUUGAAGGUUGUUAUCAUACAUUAUUAACACUUAUUGCAAUCCUUGAGCUCCGACUUCAAU